AUGAAAAGUAAAGUGGAUACCAUUGUAAACUUUACAUACCAGCACAUCACCACUCAGCUGGAGGUUACCGUGUGGGCACCGCGCCUUCCAUUGCAAAUAGAAAUAUCUGACACUGAGCUGAGCCAGAUUAAAGGCUGGAGGAUUCCAGUCUCUGUUAAUAAAAGACCAACCAGAGAUAGUGAAGAUGAAGAAGAUGAUGAAAAGAAAGGGAGAGGGUGUUCCCUGCAAUACCAGCAUGCAAUGGUUCGAGUCUUCACUCAGUUUGUUGCAGAAUCUGCAGAUGUUGGCGGUCAGCUGAUACACAUGCUUGGUCCUGACUGGCAGUUUGAUAUCACUGACCUAGUGAGUGAUUUCAUGAAAGUUGAAGAACCAAAAAUAGCUACACUGGAAGCAGGGAAAGUUCUUGUUGGACGGGAUCAAGGAAUCACUACAGUCCAGGUUCUUUCUCCUUUGUCCGAUUCAAUCUUGGCUGAGAAAACGGUGACAGUACUGGAUGACCGGGUGGGAAUUGUAGAACUAGGAGUCCAACUUAUUACUGGCCUCUCUUUGGCUGUACAAGCCAGCAGGGGACACAAGCGAGCCAUCAUCACAGCUACCACAGCCAGUGAUAUUCUUCAUGACUUUAAACAGGAAGCAGUUAUGAGUGUUUGGAUCCUAUUCAGUGAUGGCUCAGUAACUCCACUGGACAUAUAUGAAAGCAAAGACUUCUCAAUUGUGGUGUCUUCACUGGAUGAGAUGGUGGUGUCCACAUAUCAGAAUCCUUUGUCUAACUGGCCUGUGGUGGUUGCAGAAGGAGAAGGACAGGGGCCUUUAAUAAAAUUAGAACUGGGGAUUAGUGAGACCUGCCAGAAGUCGAAGAGGAAAAGUAGUCUUGCUGUUGGCACUGGAACUAUCAAGGUUAAAUUUGGCCAAAAGGACUCUGAUCAAAAAGGAAAUAUGAAUGAAAUUCAAAACAUUGAUGAUGAUUUAAAGAAAAUCACAAGUAAAACUACUGAGAAAGCUGCAGAGCAGGAAAGGACAGCAAACGAGAGGCCAAAACCUGGAUCUGCUGUUGGUUCUGAGGAUAUUGUUAACAGAAACUCAACAUCUGAUUCUCCAUUAGAUUAUCAGAAGAACUAUAAUGAUGCCCAUAUUGUUCCUAUACCAUACACCAGUUUUCCUACACGAAUAGCCUCAGUCCAAAACCAGGAAAGCGAACUUGCACAGACUUCACGAGGUCUAACAGAUUUGGAAAUUGGCAUGUAUGCCCUUCUUUGUGUGUUUUGCCUUGCAAUACUAGUUUUCUUAAUUAAUUGUGUUGCUUUUGCAUGGAAAUAUAGACAUAAGAGGUUUCCUGUGGCUGAUCAAACCAACAUCCCUCAUUCCCAUGACUGGGUAUGGCUUGGGAAUGAGGUAGAAUUACUGGAAAACCAAGUAGAUAUGCCUCUUCCUGCAGAAGAAUGCACUACAAUGAUUGACCGAAGGUCACAAUUCGAGGAAAGCAACUUUCUUCUCAAUGGAGGUUCUCAAAAGAAUCCAUACAGUCAAAUUAUGAGGUCAUCUGAUUACACUUAUGAAAAAGAGGAACAAAAUGAGCCAUUAAACCCAGGGGGGUCAAAGAGAAAACGGGUAAAGUUCACAUCCUUUACAACUAUCUUGCCUGAAGAAGGUGGUCCAUAUACCAAUGCAGUCAUUUUUGGAAAUGAAGAAAAUAUCAAAUGGGUUUGCCAGGAUAUGAACAUUGGAGAUUCACGUGAACUUAGAGACUACAUGGAUAGUCUUCAGGACAACCUGUAA